CGUACGCUGACAAAACUAAACACAUUGACGACGACGUGUCAUUGCGAAGUGUUUUCGAAUGUUGUUUUUCUGGAACGAGAACGUGAGAAACAGGUCUUUUUGGUCGUGCGAAACAAACCGAAAUACGGUGGAACUUGUUAAACGGAACCACUAAACACCGCACAAUGGCAACAAUGCAUGCGCAUCCGGGACACCCCGGAGGUUCGCGGAUGGCUGGCCCACCGCCACUAACGCCAUGGUCCCCGGACAAGAAGCACAGUGACCGGGAGCGAUGGGUGUGCAUCUAUCCAGCGUACAUUAACCGGAAGAAAACCCGCCAAGAAGGACGCCGAAUUCCGAAACAGUGCUGUGUGGAUGAUCCUUCACCGCAGGAAAUACGGGACGUUCUGCAGGCAUUGAACAUGAACGUGCUGGUCGAGCUGAAACAGUAUCCACGAGAGCGAAGCAGGGAACUACAAUGCCGCGGUCGGAUUCGUGUACAGCUGCGCAAUGAUGACGGUACACCGUUAAACUCGGAAUAUGCUUCCAGGGACAGUUUGCUGAUGCAUCUUGGCAAAACCAUACCGAUGCUGAAGAGUAGACAAACUAAAGCUCCCGAACAAUCGCAGGCAGCCGCAUCCACCAGCGCUGGACAUUCGCAAAAGAAGGGCAAAGGCAAGCGUCGGUAAAAGGGCAAACAGGCAAGUGAACUAACAAUGCACCCAAUGCAAGAACAGGGUAAUAAAUGGAAAACACGUCAGCUUGAACUAUAAUCG